UACAUUUAUCAGGACGCCCCUCUGCAGACAUGGCUUCAGUUUCGCCAGGAUUACCUCGACGAGCUCAUGCGAUCCGAAGGCCGCGGGUUCUUUUGUGGGUCCAGUUGCUGUGGCAAGUGCCGGAAGAUGGACAUACUCUAUCGGUGUAAGGAAUGUAGCGGGGGGGAGAUGCUGUGUGAUCAAUGUAUGGUGGAGGAACAUUCAUUGCUGCCCCUUCACAUCGUGGAGGAGUGGACCGGUCGUUUCUUCCGUAGGGUUCGUUUGGCCACUAUGGGCUUGCGAGUCCAGCUUGGCCAUCGACCCGGCGAGGUGUGUUCGUCCAGCCAUCACGGACACAAGGACUUUAUUGUCCUCCACGUAAACGGGAUCCAUCAGGUUGCCAUCGACUUCUGCGGAUGCCACCAGAGAGCAGAUCAUUGGCGUCAGCUUAUGCGCUUUCGGUGGUAUCCAGCCACUCCCAUCAGCCCCCAAACGUGCGCUACAUUUGAAGUCCUCCGGCUAUUCCAGACCUUGAACCUGCAGGGCAAGAUCACAGCGUACGACUUUUACCAAGGGCUUUGCAGACUUACGGAUGGAUAUGGCACUGAGGCUCUUCCAGACCGCCUUCCAUCCUUCAUGCUCAUGGAGCAGGAAUGGCGGAACCUCCUACUUCUGAAGCGGGGCGCUCGUGGUUUGGAUCCGUCAGGGGUGAAAGGAACACGGCAGGGCAGUCUAGCGGUCGACUGUAGAGCCUGCCCCAUCCCCGGAGUCAAUCUACCACAAGGAUGGGAGCAUGCGGCGAAGAAACAGGCGUGGCUAUACCGACUUCUAUUGGCACAGGACGCGAAUUUUCGACUGAAGGGAAGGUUACGAAGUUCUUCCGUUGUGGACAUCUCCCUCAGCAACGGCCUGGCGUACUUUGUCGAGGAUAGGGCGUACAAGGCCUUCUUGUACUCGAGGAAGGACGAGGAGGACGACCUCAGCAACUGCGUGCCAUUCAAUGCGCUUGCUAAGGCGAACAACAAGAGCGCGAAGUGCCUUGCGAAUACAGGUGUGGGUGGAGUUUGUUGUGGGAGGCACGAGUGCAUACGGCCAAAUGGGCUCGGGGACCUACAGAAGGGCGAAAGAUAUCGAAAUAUGGAUUACAUCUUCCUGGCCAGCAUCAUCUGCAUCCAGCUCCUCGCCCUCGUCUCCUCAUACGACAUCGGAUGCCAGUGGAGCAUCAAUUUCUGGGAGCGGAUGAACGACAUGCCCGAGAAUCUCCAGCUCUCCGAAAGCAUCCAGAACAUAGAAUUCGUUGUCCCCGCUUUUCACCUCGAAGCCCAUAUCGAAAGCUGCAAGCCCCUAUUCUCUCCUCGCUUUAUACGUUGGCUCGCACAGACGGAGUUCGAGGCGAUCGAGAGGAUCUGGGCGAUUCUCAACGGUGCGGCGUCGAGCACGAAGGAGAUGAGGCCCGGUCACCGGCGUGACACCCUCGACGACUUUGUUGGUUAUGCGAACUGGAUGAAGACAAUCAGACUCGGUAGGCGUACGAGCCUGCUAAAGAAGCUGGUUGUUGCCAUACCCGCUUGUUUGGACCAUCGGGCGGCUUUAGCUGGUUUUGAGAAAAACCUGGAGAAAGAGGCACCCGAGGUAUUUGCUGAGUGGGUGAAGAUGUACGAGGCGUGGGACGAGUCAGACGACCGAGCAAUCGACUGUCCCUUUGUCGCUCCUCGGCAGGAGAUGACAAUAGGCGAGGUUCGGCUCCGUCUCACACAGAAGGAGCAGGAGCGAGGGGUUACGUCUAUCCGAGGCCGCGAUGACUCCGGCGAGUGCGCCUUCAUCGUUCUUGGAAUGGACAUCGAGGUGCAACAAGCUCAGCUCCAGGCGGACUUGAAAAAGUCCAAACAUGCGACACAUCUACAGCGCGCAGAACUAGAGGACCGUCGAAGCUCACUCUACCGGCGAAUUCAACGGCUUCGAGAUCUCCAAGGCCACCUCAUGCCCGACCUCCGACUCAAGCUCAAUAUUACCGAACAGACGUUCAGAGGGCGCCGAUCCGAAUCCGAAACCAUCCCCCUCCAUCUCCCUUCCAGUCUCCCACCCGGCAUUCGAGCUACAACGUGCUCUGUAGACCUUAUCGACACAGAGCAGCAACUUCGUGAGGCGGAGGCAUAUGAUGCCCUCGAAAGUCUCCGCAAUCAACUUCGAACCAAGACGUUCAUGAGUCGGUACAAAAUCUCCAACAUCACCGGCCAACGGACGAAUACGAGGGCCCAGGAGUUGCUCGGGCGUGUAGAGGGCCGUCUGCAGCUGCUGAAGCUUCGGUACCGGCGUGCAAGAGCCGCGGUGAUGUCACUUUUGGGAGAGGAUGGAUGGAACGAUCGGGGGCUGGGAUCGAAACUCCUGGAGCUGAAGGACGAGGACGUACGGGGCUUGAGCGAUGCCGUGCUAAAAGAGGCAGACAAGGCCUCGGUUGAAUUUGCCCGCCAGAAGGCUGCUAGUGGCAACGCCACCCUCGCCACCACACGAACACUGAAGCAAUACCCGGAGAAGCAGCAGAAGAUGUCAUGGAUAUGGAGGGCGGUACAGAUUCACGACGACGGAUCUGAUCCUGGAUUUAAUGAUGCACUGCGGAUGGAGUGGGCGAAAGCCAAGGCCCGUGCGGCUCGUUGGACGGAGGAGGUGGAGCUUGUUUACGAGGAGAUGCGCCGAACCAUCGAGUAUUGUAGGUGGAGGGCGAAGUGGUGGGAGUCCCAAUCGGCUGCUCGCACGGAUGUGUCGCCGGAGCUCGCUGACGGACUGUCUGUAUAUGCGCUUGAGCAUGCGGAUCUUGAGAGACGUAUGGAGAGGGAUUUGGAGAGUAGGUGGGAGGCUGUCCGUAGCCGUGCGAGGGCCCUCAUGGACUCGAAUUUUGAGGAGAAGACCGGCGACAACACGAGUGGCGGUAGUACCACAAUGCCUCCGCAGCCGGAGACAGUGUUUUUGAAUCUUCGAGAUCUACAAGUGCUAGUGGACGACGAAGGUGGGGACGAAGAGGUCGAAGCGGAUGACGAGGACGAGGAUGACGAUCAUUGA